AUGGAUGAGCAGCCAGCCUUGCGCUGGUCAGGCUCCUUUGGAGUCCCGCCCACGACAGCUACGGCAGUCAGAAACUUGUCCGGAGACAAGAUCAUCCUCCCACAAUCUGCGUUAGAACAGCUCCUGGCCGCUGCGCCGUCGCAGCCGACAACGGCGUCGAGUUUCACGGCUUGGGAUUCCCAUAACCCGUACCGGUCCGACGCCUUGGGGGUCGAACAGCGCCAGCAACUGCCACACCCACUUGCGUUCCGACUUGUGAAUAGUCAGAAUGGCAAUGUUGUCUUUGCUGGUAUUCGAGAAUUCUCUGCCCCUGAGGGAACCAUGGGGCUGAGUUCUUUCCUGAUGGAAGCGCUGGGGAUUGAGCCACAGAAGCUCAAAGCAAACUAUGGAGAUCGGACUUCCCAUCCCGAUCCUAUUGAUAUUACUGGCGACGAAGUCCUGUCGACGACCGCAGCGAUUGAGCUGACGGUUCAUGCAACAAGAAUACCAAAGGGAACAUACGUCAGGUUAAGACCGCUGGAAGCGGGCUAUAACCCGGAUGAUUGGAAGUCGCUGCUGGAACGACAUCUCCGGGAACAUUAUACGUGUCUGACCAGGAAUUCGAUUCUCUCCAUCAAUGGGGUUAGAGGCGAGAACUUCAAGUUUCUGGUCGACAAGCUUUCUCCAGAAGGAGACGCAAUAUGCGUCGUUGAUACUGACCUAGAAGUGGAUAUUGAGGCGCUCAACGAAGAGCAGGCUCGGGAAACGAUGCGACAAAUCCUAACCGAGGCCCAGACUGAGAUAGUUGGUGGUGUGUCAAAAGGCGGGCAUCUCGACACAUGGAGACAAGUCUCGGGAAACGUUCCGCCCGGUGGAUACGUCGACUACGUACUGCCGUCCUGGGACCGGUCACAACCCCUGAGCAUCAUCCUCAGUGGUAUAGAACAGGAAGAUAGUUUGGACCUUUUUGUCACGCCGAAAUCGUCUCGGCAGCGAGCACUACCCAGAGAUACAGCUCAUGUCUUUGGCGACUUUUCUUCUGCCGAGAAUGGAAUCAAAUCCAUCACCAUAUCACCCGCAAAUGUCGAAAUGGAAGGAGCAGAAUCAAUACUCGUCUCUGUUCAUGGGUUCCCGUCUCCAUACCGACGAGAGAGCGAGCCAAUCUCAUUUACUAUCCGAGCUAAGAUCGGAUCGCCAACAAUCAUAGCUGGGCAAGAGCGCAUGGAGGACGACGGCGAGGAGCACUCGUCUGACGAGCGGCAGUGUUCUAACUGCAGGCAGUGGGUUCCCGAACGGACAAUGAUUCUGCACGAGAAUUUUUGCCGGAGGAACAACAUUCCGUGUCCUCAAUGCGCUUCCGUCUUCAAGAAAGGCUCGGAUGAGUGGCAUUCGCACUGGCACUGCGAACACGACUCGGCCAGGGGCAACUCGGCUGCCAGCAAAUCAAAACACGACAGCAUAUGUCACAAACACCGCACCUGUCAGGACUGUGAAUUCACAACAGACUCGCUAGCAGACCUAGCCGGGCACCGAACUUCGGUAUGCCCCGGCAAGCUCAUCCUAUGUCGGUUCUGUCACCUUGAAGUUCCACAGGAAGGCGAUCCUUUCAACCCUUCACCAGAGGUCGUCUUGUCCGGUCUCACAGCCCACGAACUUGCUGAUGGCGCCCGCACCUCUGAGUGUCACUUGUGCGACAAGAUUGUGCGACUUCGCGACAUGGAAACGCACAUGAAGCAUCACGAGCUAGACAAGAUGAGCCGGGAAAAGCCAGAGAUAUGCCACAACGAAAACUGCGGACGAACAUUUCACGGGGUAGGACCAAAAGGACAAAUCGGCGCCGGGACAUCACAAGGCCAGGGUCCUGGAAACGACAUUGGGCUGUGCUCCCUCUGUUUUGGUCCGCUGUACGUUAGCAUGCACGACCCAGAGGGGAAGGCUCUGAAACGGAGGAUCGAGAGGAAGUACCUGGGACAAAUGAUGACUGGCUGUGGCAGGCCGCACUGCGCCAACGAGUGGUGCAAGACUGGCCGGAAGAACAUCAAGGCAGAGGCAAAGGGGACUUCAGCAUCGGCCGUGUUACCCUUGGUGAAGCCCCUGAUGGCAAUGGCUGGAACCCCAAAUGGACACAUGUACUUUUGUGUGGAUGAGACGAAUCAGAAGAGACGCAGCAUGGCAGAAAUGCUUGCGGCGGAGAAGUCUUGGGAUCUGGAGUGGUGCGUGGCAGCGGCGGAGGCAGAGAAGGGAAAUCUAGAUAGAAUGCGAGACUGGCUGCAGGCUUGGGCGCCGAGGCGCUGA